ACGGCCAUUUGUAGCUGCGCUGGAGGCUGCGUUCGGCAGGCGCUGCGAAGACGUGUGCAGGAGUGCGCCCCCCGGACGCUGCAGCCCCUCGCCGCUGCGGUCACCUCGCUUCUCCGCGCCUCGGUUGGGACCCGGCCAGCCCGGGCGCCGCGCUGCCGCCCGGACCGGCCCUCCAGCAGCUCCCGGCGCCCGGGACCCCCGCCCGGCCGCUCGCCCGCAGCCCGCCGGCCGCACAAGUCCCCGGAGCCGGGCCUAGGGCGGGCGGCGGCUCGGCGUGGCCGGGCUGGGCUCGGCGGCGUCCCCAUGGCCGCGGCCGGCUGGCGGGACGGCUCCGGCCAAGAGAAGUACCGGCUCGUGGUGGUCGGCGGGGGCGGCGUGGGCAAGUCGGCGCUCACCAUCCAGUUCAUCCAGUCCUAUUUUGUAACGGAUUAUGAUCCAACCAUUGAGGAUUCCUACACAAAGCAGUGCGUGAUAGAUGACCGGGCAGCCCGGCUAGAUAUUCUGGAUACAGCGGGACAAGAGGAGUUUGGAGCUAUGAGAGAACAGUAUAUGAGAACUGGCGAGGGUUUCUUGUUGGUCUUUUCAGUCACAGAUAGAGGCAGUUUUGAAGAAAUCUAUAAGUUUCAAAGACAGAUUCUCAGAGUAAAGGAUCGUGAUGAGUUUCCAAUGAUUUUAAUUGGUAAUAAAGCAGAUCUGGAUCAUCAGAGACAGGUAACGCAGGAAGAAGGACAGCAAUUAGCACGACAACUUAAGGUAACAUACAUGGAGGCGUCAGCAAAGAUUAGGAUGAAUGUAGAUCAAGCUUUCCAUGAACUUGUCCGGGUUAUAAGAAUUGACCCACAUCCAUCAGUCAGGAGUGAGGAGGGGGUACAUGAGACUUUUUUGUUCCAGAGACUGUUAGACAUUUGAACAUAACAAAAUCUUCUUUAAUCCUCGUAGCAACUGUGAAAGGAAAUUUCAAGAGCAGGAAUGUCCUCCUUCACCAGAACCAACACGGAAAGAAAAAGACAAGAAAGGCUGCCACUGUGUCAUUUUCUAAGAAUCCCUUGAAUUUUAGCUACCAACUGCCAGGAAAAGCCCUCAUCUUCUCCUUCUCUCCUUACAGUUUACAUCAUGUUGGUACCUUUCUAGCCUUAGAUAAAUGAUCACCGUGGUAGCCUUAGACCAAGAAGCUGGCUAAUCCUUUCCAUGAAGCUGAUCCAAUGGUCAGUCAAGACAGAUUUAAAGGAAACACUAAGGCUGCUUCAAAGAUUAUCUGAUUCCUUUAAAAUGGAUAUCUAUAUACACAGACACAUUCUUUUUUUAAGGGCUUACUUUUAAUAGGGAUGGAUCAGUUUUGGAACCUAAGCUGUUUGCCAAGCUGAAGUCAUAGGUUGUGAAAUAACUUUUAACUUCUGGAAUCAUAUUGCCUACUGUUACUCUAAAUAGAAACAUAGGGAGUUUUAAAAAAAUGUGAAUUUUUGCCUAUCUCUAAAAAUUUUGAUGUCAACUUUAGUUAACCUUAAAUACACUGAAUUGAAUCCACAAAAGUGAGACAUCUCAGACCUUUACUGAUGCUAUAGCCUUUUGUUUUCCAGUGGCCAAAAUACCAAAAUGCCUACUGUAUUUAUAGGUUAAAAACUGCGUGUAAAGCCUUUACUAUUAUUCCUAAAGAUAAUAUUCUGUGUGGCCAAAUAUUUGGACUCAUUCUGGACUUAGGCAUUUUAGUGUUCUUGGUUUUUUAAUUUAACUCUUUUCACAGCCAUGUUGAGAGUAAAAAUAAAUAAUUUCUGUCUGUCUUCCUUUUCAAGUAUUUCUGGAUAAGGGAUUCAAAAAAACUAAAACUGUUUUUGUUUGUAAUAUAAAAUAUGGAAUUGAUCUUUCCAGGGUCAGAGAUGAUUAAUGUUUUGCUAUAUACUUUUAUACAUUAUUUUCUUAUCAAACUAGUUAACAAGUAUUUUUAUAUGUUUGUAAGCAAAUAUGCUUUUACAGCAUACCUUGUGUAUAUGUAAAGAUAAGUAUUUAAUUCUCACUUCACUUUUAGCUGACAAAGGAAAAAAAGUGAAAACUACAGAAACUGUGGUAGAACCUUACAUGCUGUUCUGGUCCUGGUUGUACCCACCUUUGGCCAGUCACAUAGCUACUCGAGAAACCUUCCCAAUAGAGUACAACAGGAUGAGAAUCUGAAAUCACUUCCGAUAUCCCCUACUAGAUAUUGACUGCUAUAUCAAGUAGUAAAUGGUAAAACUUUUAAUUGACAAUUAGUAUAACUGUGGGUGACUUCUGAUUUUGUUUUUAAUUCUGUGGAUUGUGUUUAAACAAUUCAAAAGUAUGUUCCUGAUUUUGAGAUACUAAGUGGUAUUGCACAGUUGUCACUUUAUUGAAUGUGUACAACAGUUCCAUGAAGAUUAUAAAGCAUACCCUUGUAUAGCUUCAGGUGCUAGAAUUAAAAUCGAUCUGU